GUACGGUCGGAAUAUCGUAAUUCUGAGCGACCGGACUACAUGUGGACUGAUUUAUAAGGACCUGCGUUGAUACAUAACUUCCGAUGUGACGCAAUUAACAGCUCACCAUGUUCCCCAAUACCUUUACCCAGAUCGUCCUUCGUGAACGUCCUGUCGCUGACAUUCUCCCAGACACGUUCGAGUCCAAGACGAAGGCGUUCGACGAACUCCAUGUCGGCCAGAAUCAAGCUCUAGUUCAAGUCACGUACCUUUCACUGGACCCUGCCAUGCGUGGGUGGAUCAGAGACACGCGAAGUUAUCUCCCACCAGUGAAAAUUGGGGAAGUGAUGCGCUCGGGUGGGCUUGGUGUCGUAGUGAGCGUAGGCGAGGGGAGCAAGUUCCGAAAGGGAGACCUGGUCUAUGGAAUGUUUGGUGCGUCUGCGCGAACUUUGGUUCUUUUUCCCAGCCUCGUCCUCAUGCUAUGUGCAGGAUGGACAGAGUAUGCAGUUGCGAAUGACAAGUCAAUGGAGAAAAUCUCGCCACCUCCGGGAGCGACCUCCUUGGACUUUUUGAACACUCUGGGCAUGACAGGCAUGACCGCAUACUUUGGCCUUCACCACGUCGGUCAGCUGAAAGCUGGUGAAACACUAGUAGUAUCUGGUGCUGCUGGUGCAGUCGGUUCCCUCGUCUGCCAGCUCGGAAAGAAGGCCGGCGCACGUGUGAUUGGCAUCGCAGGUACACCGGACAAAUGCUCCUGGCUCGAGGGCGACUUGGGCGUAGACAAAGCGCUCAACUACAAGAGCCCUACUUUCCGUCAAGAUUUUGUGGAGGCUGUUGGGUAUUUGGACGUGUACUUUGACAACGUCGGAGGCGAGAUACUUGAAUUAGCACUCUCGAGGUUGAAUCGACAUGCGAGGAUUGUUUUGUGUGGGGGUAUAUCCGCCUAUAACGAUCCACAACCGAAAGGUAUCAAGGGGCAUCUGAACAUAGUCUCACAACGUGCCAAAAUGCAAGGUUUCGUCGUUUUCGAUUAUGCCGAGCAGUACGCGGUGGCCGUCAAGGAGAUAGCAGCUGGACUUGCUGAUGGAUCGAUCAAAAGCAAGUUUCACAUCGUCGAAGGUCUUCAAAAUGCUCCGAGCGCGCUGCCUAUGCUCUACUCUGGGGCGAAUGUAGGAAAGCUAGUUGUUAAAGUUUCGGAUGAGCCUUCUAUCAGUUCGAAGCUGUAGAUUCUUGGGAUUCCUCCGUUUGAGACCCUGUUUUACAUUUUACGCUCGGCUACAGAGGUGAACCAAACUAUCUAUAGGAUAGGCUAAUUUUAUUAGUAUUUGUUGGUAUCUUGUAUACUGGUACUAGCGCCCGGAAUUGCAGUUGUCCUGCCACUACUCGCUAAGAUAUGCUAGGCGUAGCAACAGACUAACUUGAUAGACACGAACUUUCUGAUAGGCGCAGGUUUCGGCAGUUUCAUUGCACACCUGAUCCCACACUGCGCGUUGCACUAGCAUCUGAAACCCGGAUAUCUCAAAAA